UACCAAACUCUCCAGCACAGCACAUCAAGAAUCAUGGGAGUUAAUCUAAUUACCAGAGGAUAUUAAUGAGUACUUCCUUUAAACUAGAAGAGUAGAAGGACUUGCUGCCAUUUUAUCCCCAUGUUCAGAAAAGCUCAGCACCUCCUUGGACAGUUAGCCUGCCUUUCUUCCUUAAAUCAGGACUGAGACACACUGAGCAUGGCAGGCACCUCUUGAUGGUUAACCGGUUCAACAACAUCGGUGUGAACAGAAUUAUUAAAAGACAAACACAUCCACCAGUUCUGUUCUGCAACACGAUUACUGCAAUAUCCUGCUUUUAAGAUGGGUUCUUCAGAGAAUAGGAAGUAAACUGAUAAGACAAGCACACAGCUUCUUGGUUCAGACAAAGCACACUAAAUAGACACCCCGUUAUCGAAAUCACAGCUCAACAUGGCUGAGGAGGAAAGCGACGAGUACAAUUUUAGCAUGUGGUACCAUUUGGUCCUGUGGUUAAUCGUCAUCUUUAUAUGGUGGAGAUGGAGAGAUGGGGAGAAUUUAGAUGACGUGGAUCCCCAAGGGAAAUACAUAUUCAUCACUGGUUGUGACUCUGGAUUUGGGAAACUGGCAGCUAUGACCUUUGAUAGGCGAGGAUUUCAAGUGAUUGCUGGUUGCCUAACUGAAGGGGCAAAGGAGCUGAAAGAGGAAUCGUCGGCUAACCUCCAAACAAUGCAGCUGGAUGUGACAAACUCAGAAAACAUCAAGCAAGUAGCAGAACAAGUUAAGAAAGAAGUAGGACAACGGGGUCUCUGGGGCCUUAUCAAUAAUGCUGGCGUCAUGGGACCAUCAGCCCCCACCGAUUGGCUGAGGAUUGAGCACUUUAGAGCUCCCAUUGAAAUCAACCUGAUUGGCCUCAUAAACGUUACAUUAAACAUGCUUCCGUUGGUGAAGAAAGCCAAAGGAAGAAUAGUAAACGUAACCAGCGUUGGUGGUAUUCUGGCAAUAUGUUCAGGGGGUUAUUGUCCAUCCAAAUACGGAGCAGAAGCCUUUACCAACAAUUUAAGACAGGAUAUGAAGCCCUUUGGAGUGAAAGUGUCCUGUAUUCAACCUGGCUUGUUCAAAACAGCUCUCUCUGAUAGAGUCCGGGUCGUAAAAGAAAAAGUGGCCAUAUGGAAUAGCCUUCCUUCCAUCAUCCAACGGCAGUAUGGUGAACAUUACCUCAAGGAAGACGCAAUAAAGAAAGAAAAAUUAGUCAAGCUGUGCCAGAAUUCAGACCUGUCACUGGUUGUGAGGUGCAUGGAACAUGCCCUAAUGAGCAAACAUCCAAAGGCUUAUUACACCGUAGGCACAGAUGCUAAAUUCUUGUGGAUUCCUCUCUCAAAGUUGCCCACCUGUAUCCAGGACUACAUGCUCAUGAAGAACAAAGUUAAGCUAUUUAAUCCCAACUCAGAAUAAGAUCUCCUCCUUUGUUUCCUUGGCAUUUCCAAGAGAACCCCAACCUGUUGGCUCAGGCCAAGAACUGACUAAUCGGUUACCAUUGUUUGUUACCCAGUAACAAAGUACCAAUUCACGUACAGGCUUCAAAAGCUGUGCUUGCUUAAAUAAUGAAGAUAAAUACUCCAAUGUUCAGGCAAACAAA